UUAUGUUAGAAGUCAGGAGUAAUGAUGAUGAUGAUGACAACAACAGGCUAAAAUCUCCUUUACGUGAAGCUCUGUGUUAAACCAGUCUUCUGUCUUUGCUUUCUGUGGCCCUCCAUCUUAUUUUUCUUUCUGUCUGCUCUCCGCGCCCUCUCCCCCUAUAUUCCCCAGGCCCCAGUGCAACCUGUUUGUGUAUUCCUCCCUCUCCUGCUUCCCUCUCUCUCUCUCCUCUACCCAUUUGUCCUAACCACCAUUAUACCUCUUUCGGUCAUUUAAUUUUCUGGCCAUCAUUUAGUUGGUCCACUUGAGAAUGCCAAUCAAUUUGCUGCCAUACUUAUGGAAAAAAAUAGGACAAAGCUACUGAUACAGCACAGGACAAAUGCAGACAUGGUUCUACACCUUUAUCUGACAUUAAAUAAGAUUAUAGUACGACUAAGUUGAUCCUUAGGAUGAAAUAAAACAUUACUUUCAGCAGAGGAAGGUAACGAUUAAGAGAAGAAACAGAACCUAUAAAAAUGUAUAAAUUACCAAAAAAUAAAAUAAUUUUCUUUCAAUGACAAACCAUCAAAUUUCUGUAUUCAUUAAGCAUUUAAAGGCAGAGUUUAAGUAUUAACUUAUGGCUGUACAUCAAAAGGAACAAUCCAGACAGAUCAACGUAGGGAUGCAUAAUUGCUGUAAGACUAAAAAGAUGAUGAAGAGAAAUGUAUUUUAUUGCAGUUUUUCUUGUUUGCAUCUGUGUUUUCAAGCUUCCUGUGGUCCCACCUUGAUAUAAAAGACCUGUAGUUCACCUCAAGGUUGUGACUUGCGGUGAACAGGAGAAACACUGUUUCAUCUUUACAACACAAACAUCUCAUCGUAUUUGACUUUGUAUCUAAAAGCCUACAGUAAAGUUUGUAUUUAUUAGAAUUGCAUCUGUUACGCCCUCAUUUCAAAUGAAUGCUAAGAUAAUCAGAAUCAGAAAUACUUUAUUCAUCCCCGAGGGGAAACUCUUUUGUUACAGCUGCUCACUAUCACGUCAGUGCACACAGGAAUAGAAGUACUAAGCAAAAAAUAUGAUGCUAUAUGACACUAUAAUACAGGUAAGAUAAAUGAAGUACAAAGUGGAUAUUAGUAUAAAAGCUAAAAUAAGUGUAGGUACCAAAGUUGAUUUAGAGGUUGAUAAGUAUGUACGGUAUAAUAAUACAAUGUAAUAAUAUAAGUAAUAUGUAAUAGUGCAAUAAUGAGUACUGUCAAGUUAAGUGUAGUUUAUUAAGAUGAUUAUGAAACAGAGAAUAUUGCACAAUAUUUCAAGUAUUGCAGAGAUGUAAUGAUCAAUGUCCAGUUUAAUGACUUAGGGUCAUACAGACAGACACUUAGAGGGAGGAGUUAAAGAGUUUGAUGGCCACAGGCAGGAAUGACUUCCUGUGGCGCUCUGUGGUGCUUUUUGGGGGGAUGAGUCUUUGACACCACCGACAGAGAGUCCAGCUCCACCCCCACAAUGUCACUGGCCUUACGGAUCAGUUUGUUGAGUCUGUUGGCGUCCGCUACCUUCAGCCUGCUGCCCCAGCAUGCAACAGCAUACAGGAUAGCACUGGCCACAGCAGACUCAUAAAACAUCCUCAGCAUAAGGAGCAGAGAGAUCUCAAACCACAUAGAAACAGAAGAAAGUUGACCAGAUCUCAACUUUAUGCAAAUGAGCAGUGAUGUGGUGGAGAAACGGCCAACUGAAGGGUAGAUGUAUUCACUUUAUGUUCUUCCGCUGUAAACCCUCGUGUGACUACAACAGUUAGAUACAGUUUGCGGGAACGCUGGCCAUCAGAGAGAGACUUGGCGCCAAACUACAAGUCAGCCAAAUGUAUAAAGCCAAAUCAAUGAAUCAUAACAUUAGCAAUAAUUAUUUGACAGAGACAUCCUUGGACAACAAGUAGAAAGAAAAAUGUAUGUGUUUUUUUCUUUUCUGUUCUGAUUGCAUUUGCCCAAACCAUUUAUAUUUAGUGAUGCUAAAAUGAUUGGUGGAUUAAUCAAUUAAGGAAAAUUAACUGACUCCAGUUUUGAUUACCAAUUUGUUUUGUGUUAAGCCGUUUGUGAGACCAUGCAAGUAAUUUAACAUCAUAAAUUAGGACUUUGCUAAUUUGUGAUUGCCAAUUGUCAUUAUUUUUUAACAUUUUAUAGAGUAAAUGGUUAAUUAGUUAAUUCAAAAGUUGACAUUUUAAUCUAUACUGAAUAGUUAUAGCCCCAAGUUCCUAAGAGUUCUUAAAGUUGUACUCAAGCUGGAUGUAAAUAUAUUUUCAGAACGUUUUGUUAUACUACUGUUUAGUAAAUUGUUACAUCUUUGUUUUCGUAAUUCCUCUGUUGUAUCAUUUACAAACCUUUAACAAAAUAGAACAGAAAUACAGAAAAACAGAAAAUCCUGGAUAAAGGAUUUAUCUGAUAUCUGCUUUCAUUUGCAAGUACAUACACUACCCCUUCAGAAUAUGAUCAACAUGCAAAUAUGUGACGGAGGAAGGUUGCAAAGGUUGCAAUAUGUUGAUCAGGAUGAGGCCAUCUUGGAGAUGAAGGCUUUAUUUUGGCUUCUGUGGUCUGACUAGUUGAGCAAUCAGAGUUGAACAGCCACGUGGUGUUUGGUCAGGUGAAUGCAAAAUGACCACAGUAUUUUACUUACAAACUUACAAUCAUCAGUGCAAAUGUUCUACUGUUUAGUAUAGAGAAAGAAACAUUUACUUUUUUUGUUGUUUGUUGCAACAUUCUUAUUAAGUAUAUAACAAAGUCAUCAUAUCAAAUCAACAUUCGAUGAGUUGUGAGCUUCCGAGUCAAAAUCAUAUUGUACUGUAAGGUUCUGCCCAUACAACCACCUGCUUUUGUUGGUUAUAUUAAUGUUUUGCAUGUUUUUUCUAGGAAUUUGAAGGGAUUGAGCUGCUAACAUGCUUUAACCUACUUUUACUUAAGACAGUAAUUGCCUGCACAGUGCUAUUAAACUGAUACCAUGAGGGAUAACUAGACCAUAAAUUACAGUGAUUUACCACAGACGUACUAAUAGCUCCUGUAGGAAUAUGACUGCUAUUUUUCAUUAAGGAAACUGUAAAACAAAAUGAAAAAAAUAUUAAACUGAUUUGAAUGAUCCCAAAUUAUAACAGUAUGCAAUUUGCAUCACUAUUCGUUUGAGUAUGAUGGGAAAAGAAAUAUUACAAUACAACAAUAUCACAAUCAGUGCACAUAAGAGCAUACCACUGUGGAGAUGAAAGACCGCUUCCCUCCAGUCCUAACAAAAACUGGCUAUACACUUUACAAAGGUUGCAUUUAUUGCAGGAAUACUGGAUUGGAUUGCAUUAUAGAGUUCAGGUGUUCAUGCUAUUGUGUCCACCCUCAUUUUACAUUAAAAUAUAAAAUGGUAUAUAUACAGCAAAGUGUAAUUUGAGCAGUUUCUAGUAGAGACUGACAGAUAAAUCAGACAAUAUUAGCUUAACGCAGAUAUAUAUCGGUAUCAGCAUUGGCCAACAUUUCUGAAUGUUUGAGGUAAUUUAGAAACAGUGAUGACAUUAUGAUUGGCAAGUUUUUUAAACUGUAAAGUAUCCAGCUCAGCUCAUAUCAAAAAACAAUGAGGGAUGCUUAUCAAAAGUGGAUGUGUUAUCUGUUUGUGAAUAAAAGUGAAUAUCGGUCAAGAUAUCAAUAUCUCUUCUGAUAUUUUCAACUCUCAAAUACUGAAAUCAGUACCGGAAUCAAUAAAUUCAGUAUCGGCCAGGAUCUGGUUUCUACAGUCGACAGCAAUAUUGUCUCAUUCUGAUUGUGACUGUGAGUCAGAUUGUGGGAGUUGCUUGAAAUGAAUCUGACUAAAUCCUGGGAAGCUAUCUCUGGAAGAGCGCCAGAGGGUGCUGGUGGCGCAGCUGCAUCCUGGCCCCUAGGGGCCCACACGAGCCCGCCAGUGUUCUGCACCCAGGUCUGGCAUUACCAUGUUCUGCCAGUGAAAGCCUCAUUUAAUAUUUCUGUGUGUGCAGCACCCAAAGGGCUAAGCUGUGGUAACUCUUUUGUGAGAGAACUGCCCAAAGGUAAUAAAUGCAAAUUAAUUGAGGUAUGCCUCUUAGGCAAAUAAAAACCAUUGGUCACAAAGUCUGAAUUAAAACACAUCACUACCAGAUGAACCAGUGCUGACUCCCAGUUAUUAGCUGAGAACAGUCUCUCAGCCCUAAAGGAGUCGAGGAACCCUGUCUUUGACUUCCCAGCCGUGAUACAGUAUGUCAGUGACAGCAUUUGUGUUACAUUAGCCUGUCUGUUUUAAUUAAAACUCAAACUGACUCUGACAUACAGAACCAAGCUUCUUUUCUACAUUCCUGCCAAGUGUGAGAAACCUUUCUCCUUCCAUUCCCCCAGGGGCUGAAAUCCACUCAUUUUCCAUCUAAAGGGGCCCCCAAACUGGCUGCAUAUGGGCGGCACCACCAGCUAUACAGUCUCUGAGGCUUUGUGUGUGUAUAUGUGUGAGUGUGCACCUGUCACUCUAAUGCUUUCUGAGUUGUCGGUAAUUGCCGGACCGUGGCGACCUGCUGAACCCCUGUAACGGAGCUUAGAGAGCCACUGUAGAGAGUACCCCCCACCACACACACACACACACACACACACACACGGGUGUCUGCAUAGACAGAAAACAACACCGCGCGCAGCCUUGGCGCGAGACGCAGAAGAAGAGGACGACAGAACGUGCGCUGGAGGCGACACCUGUCAAGCCGUUACUAAACACAGUUGGUUUAUUUUAAAAGACUGAGGCGCCCUGAAAUAGAGAUUAGUGGCACCUAUUGCCGCUGUUUUACGCUCAGGGAGAGACACGAAGCCCUUUGAGGAGAGAAAAAAAGGAGUAUGUAGCAUUAACGUUAUGACAAGCCGUUUGUGGAGUUCAAGUAGCGAAGUUGACGUAGGUUAGAUGUCGGCUGAGCGGAGCUAACUGACAGCGAGAACCGGGAGCAAAAAGAGAAAAAGCGUGACUUUAUCCGAGGUUAGUCUCGCUCUCUCUCUCUCUCUCUCUCUCUCUCUCACACACACACACACACACACACACACAUAUUCAUACACACUCGCUCCAAACACAUUAACCCACAGUAGAGCCCAGAGUGAAACAACAGGGUGGGAGAUAACUACUGCACAUCGCGGAGCUCCGGUGCGGGCAGACCGAACAUCCUCCCCCGUCCCUCCGCGGCGCGUCCGUCCGGCUGUACAGGCUGCUCACCGGAACUUAACGGACACGCAAAAAAAAAAAAAAAAAAAUCUAUUAAAUUGAGAGGAUGAUUUCACAAGGAUGCCUUGAGGGAAGCGACCAGGAGGGAGGCAGAAAAUGGAUAACAAAGGCUGGUGCUCACUAACACUCAGCCAGCUGUCCUGCUGAAGCAAAAACCAGUGAAGUCUACCUUAAGGAUACUAGACGGCCCAUUUCUGCUAACCUGUGGGAAAACUUUUCACACUGAGCCACGUGACUGGCCAUCACAGUGCGGCUCAGAGGGGACUACAUAUCAUACACCACUGUCAUCUGGCUUUGCUGCCUCUGAAGAUAAUCUGUGUGAACUGAAAAGGAAGCGAUCAAACAUUUAACAGAGGAGAGUGAGGCUGAAACUGAGAGGGAAGGAGAACCCAACUCUUACAGCCUGUAUUCUGCACCAGGCCAACCUGUCCAUCACAGCCUCAAACAUACGCAUUACCAUCACUGAACUGUGAAAUUUAUGUUGUAAUAAUUGUUACAAUACAACCAAUAAUAACAGAUAAAAUUUUCACAAGGACUCUUUGCUAUAAUUUUCUGAGUUGUGGAAAUUUCACUUAUUCUCUCCUUGCUGCUCAUUAAUUAAAACCGCUACCUGGUUAUUCAAAGCAAGUGUAGCACAGAACAGUACUAUUUUUGAAUGACCCACUGCUUGCAUGAGUAUCCAGGAUUGCUUUUGACUUCGAAGAAGGACCCUUGAGCCCUCAACCAUCUUCUGACUGUCUGCCCAACUGUAGCAUUUGGGUGUGGAGAGGUGGUUUCAGAAUUAGGCCUCUGGAUGCUUGUUGAAGAUGACUUGAGUUGGCAGGCCUAAAAGCCCCUUACCCCAGAGAGAGAAAGAGCUUGGCAGUAGGACACACAGACACACACAACACACAAAUGUGGGUGCCGAGGCGGCUUUGAGCCAUGCUGGUGUUGCUGCUCUUGGAGCCCUGGAGUACAGGCUAUCAUCAUUCACCCAAGCUGAGGAAGAUUCAACGGCCCCAAGGAGCGAGGCUACGCUUCUGAACGAUUCAAAGGAGACUGGGAAACUGUGCUAACACACAGAGAUCCAAGGCUACAUCCUCAAUCACACACAUAGACACACUAAUACUCUUUUCCACAAAUCCUAGAUACAGGAAAAACAGCUGCGGCAGACGUGAAAAGCACAGAGACUGAGCAGGAGCUGUGCACCAACAUGGCAGCUGAGAGUCUUGCUGAGCUCCGCGAUUGGCUCUUUCUGCUCCUCCUGUGCCUCACCUUAUUGGCUGAGGUGCUGGAACUGGCGGCAGCGGCAAUUGCCAUGGAGACGGGCGAGGGAGAUGAGGGCAUUGUUUGUCCCUCAGUGUGCCGCUGUGAUGAGGGUUUUGUCUACUGCAACGACCGUGGCCUCAGUAUAAUUCCUCCACUACCAUUAAUGGCUGCCAUCCUCUACUUGCAGAGCAACCGGCUGAGUAACGCUGGGCUGCCUCCCUCACUGGAACGCAGCACUUCCAUACAAGUGAUUUACCUGUAUGCCAACCAGUUGGAUGAAUUCCCUAUACACCUCCCGCCGUCGUUACGGGAGCUCCAUUUGCAGGAUAAUAAUAUACGAACGUUACCGAGAUCAGCUCUGGCUAAGUUACCAUUACUAGAACGUUUACACCUGGAUGAUAAUUCCAUAUCCACAGUUAGCAUCCAGGAGCGAGCUUUUUCUGGGACUCCACGGCUACGACUGCUGUUUCUGUCUCGAAAUCAUCUGUCAAGCAUCCCUGCAGGCUUGCCAGCAUCCUUGGAAGAGUUGCGACUGGAUGACAAUAGAAUCAGCACCAUCCCCACACAUGCCUUCCGUGGGCUUGCCUCCCUGCGACGCUUGGUCCUGGAUGGGAACCUGUUGGCCAACACACGCAUUGCAGAUGACACCUUUUCCCGUCUCUCCAACCUGACUGAGCUGUCACUGGUCAGGAACGCCCUGCAGUCUCCACCAGUCAACCUACCUUCGGCUCACCUUGUGCGACUCCAUUUGCAAGACAACGGAAUGACUCACAUACCACGGGGGGCGCUGGAUGGGAUGCGGCGGCUACAGAGGCUGGACCUGUCUGGAAACAAUCUGACCAGUCUCCCACGAGGACUUCUGAAGGACACAGAAAGCCUGGAGCUGCUACUGCUGCGAGGAAACCCCUGGUACUGUGGCUGCAACCUUCGCUGGCUCCACGCCUGGCUGCAUGGCCGUGGGGCAGCGGUGACAGUCAGGGGUCUAACCUGCCAGGGACCUGAGCCUGUAAGGGGCCAGACCCUCAAAGACUUAACCUCCCUGAUGGAGCAGUGUGAAGGCCCUCCUGCUGGUCCCAAUACUGGAAUGGGGGUGAACCCAGCAGAAAAAGAUGGAGGAGGUGAAGAUGGUGUUGGAGGGGGCCAAGCAGUGGCUUCAGUCCCCCACGGCAGCACCACCACUUCCUCUCUGCUGGUCCCCACACAAGGUUCCCUCUUCACCCUGCGAGCCAAGCGGCCAGGCCUUGUUAUGCCUCUGCCUCCCGGUGAAGGGGGACAGGUAUCUGGAGAGGCCCUGGAGCUGACUGUAAAACCUCUCUCUUCGGACAGUGUACUGGUGAGUUGGCUGUGCCCACAGCCGGCACCCUCCUUCCGCCUGUCUUGGCUCAGGUUGGGUAGCAGUGCAGCUCUUGGUUCUAUAACAGAGACUCUGGUACCUGGAGAGAGGAGACAGUACCUCCUUACCCAGCUCACCCCACGCUCCCAUUACCUCAUCUGCCUGCUGCCACUGCGACAGGAGCCCUCCUUUGGGGGUUCCAGCAUGGGUUCAUCUCGAGUUGGCAGCAUGGACAUGGAUAGUAAAGACUCGGCCCCGGCCUGUGCUCAGAUAGAGACUGGAGAUGCUCUGAUCAGCUCAGGAGGGGAGGGGUCAGAUAAAGAGGGACAGGACUCAGAACUAACAGUCCUGCCAUUGGCUGGGAUCAUAGGGGGUGCCACAGCAUUGGUAAGCCUGCUGUUAAUCUUUGGCAUCUUCUGCUGGUACGGACAGAGAGCAGGUUACAUGUCCGGGGACUCAGGCUCAUACAGCAGGGGCCGAGGGGGAAAACAUUAUGAUGACUAUGUAGAAUCAGGCACCAAGAAAGACACUUCCAUCUUAGAGAUCAGGGCCCCUCCUGCAGGGUUUCAGAUGACAGCUAUGGCCCAUCAGCCCCUGCAGCCUAAGCUGGAGGAUGUCACCUACAUCCACACCAUUUUCCCCUCCUCUUCCUCUUCCUCCCAAGCUAACGGGACCUACCGGAGCAGCCAUGGAGCUGGCAGCCUCAAUGGCACCAUCCUCAGCCAAACCAGCCACCAUCAUGUCACUUAUGGUACCAACCGUGGCUACAGAGAGGGUGGCAUCCCCGACAUAGAUUAUGCCUACACGUGAUGAUACAGGGACACACUCCCUAAGCCACGAAUGCCAGGCGCCAUUUCUAUGAUGACAACCCCUUGGCUGGUGGCCAUUUUGUCCUUGGUUUCCAAAGUACCCUCUGUGCCUCUGCUGGUUCAAUUCUGAUUGGUUUGCUAGGUAGAAAGAUUUCAGCUAUGUUGAUUGGACAUUGCUAUUGAGUGACAGAAGUAACAGUCCUACUAUACUCUACUACUGUAUACUGCAUUAUACAGUAGGCCCUUCUUUCAGCGCUACUUAUAGUUAUUACGUUUUCUCUUUUGGAUAUCUCAGUGUCUUUCAAACCUACUGUUCUUCUCAGCUCAUAAUACACAGUAAGUUAUUUGAGGUUGAUAUACUAGGCUUAGCUGAUUUAGCAGGAGAUAUAUUUAUAAUAUGAGGAAAAGGCACUUGAUGUGUAUAGAGAUAGGUCUCAUAUCUUCCUACCAACUGUAAGCUCUGUGCUGUAUAGAUAAAAGGGAUGACAGAGGAAGAAAUCAAUGGUUGUUAUAACCCACAGAUGACAAUGCAUCAUGGUUAACAUGAAAAGAUAUGUUCCUAGCCCCCUCCUUUUCCUCUAGUUUACUCCUCUCCUUUUUAAUUUUUCCUCCUUUCCGCCUCUUUUUUUUUGGCUGAGGCUCUUUCCUUUUUAUUUCUCUCGUGUCUUUUGUGGUGCCGUGAGCAGAGGAUGACUUUGUUCUCGCCAAGGGAGCUGACAGCAGUGAUAACAGUUCUGACAGAGACGGGAGACACAAACCACUGCAUAGAGAGACUAAUGAGAGGGAGAGCGAGAGAGUGGAGGGGUGAUGGAUAGACGGAUGGAUGGAGGGACAGAACAUCAAAGAAGACUAGGGGAGAUAGAGAGGGGUGCUGUUUUGGGGAUGGAGACACUGAGAGAGGUGUGCUGCUUAAGGCAGAGGGUGAGGACAGAAAAGGAGAGAAAAAAGGAAGAUAGGUGAAAAAAGGGCGUGUGACAAAUGCAGCGGCAGGAGGUAAAAAAGCAGAUGAAAAGAAGAUGGGGGAUCGAGAAGGGUGCAGGCGGGGUAAAGAAGAGGGGUGACAAAUGGAAUAAUGUGACAUCAUCAUCCAAAAAAUGGCUCAAGUUUUACCAACAGUCUAUCCACUACUGCACUCUGAAAAUAUCUGAGUGAUAACAGACUGCACACUUCCCUCAAGGACUGAUGCUUUCAGUUGUCUGUGAUCAUUACAAGUCAAAGACUCAUUAAAUUAAAUUAUUUUUUGGGCAGUUUCCACCUAUUGUAUCAUGUAUCUUCAUCAUAACAUGGACCCAUUUACAUGCCACAUAUCAUGAUUCAAGAAAUGUUUGUAGGACAACAGGAGGAAGAGAGGCAUGGCAAGACAAUUAGAAAAAAACAAAAAAACAAACUGAUUGCCAAGACUAGAGGACAAAUGACUAGCUUGAGAAGAACAGCUAUUAAAAAUCUCCCUUUCAGAAUUUAGAGUACUGCAUGUACCCAAUUUCUAUUGUGGUCUGGUCUCAUUAUUAAAUUACCUUUGCAAAUGACGUGAAAGAAACCCAAUCAUACAUCUUAUAAUAGUAACCCAUUAUCUUCUACAGCCCGGUUAAACCCUCUUAAUUGAAAAUAGGUUUUAGCAGCUAAUAAUUUUUUGGUGGAAGUCGGAACUACGCUGGUCUAAUUACUCUUUGCUAAAAUUCACCCAUAACAAUAUAUCUUUUCAAUUUUUUUUUAAAUAGUUGUAGUUGUAACUGUUUCUAUUAGUAUUUAAGGGAAUGUUCAAAAUACAAGAGGCUAGGAAUGGGCAACAUGGAUCAAAUUAUGUCAUAGUAUAUGUAAUUUUAUAUUGUGAUAUUUAUAUGUAUUGGGAUAUAGUACUCGGGAAAUAUUGAUUGGUAAACGGAUUAUAGAUCAGAAAAUUACCAGACAGGAAUGUCUGCUUUUGGAUAAUCCAGUAAAUUAAACACCUGACAAAUUAUAGUACUUCAUCACAUUGAUGCAAAAAUCAUAUGAAAUUCCAAUAUUGCCAUAAAGUUCUUAUACUUAUUUAUUUGAAACACAAUGGCCUUAAACAACCAGAGGUAUUAAACUAGAGAUAUUGAAGUGAGAGCGGUAUAGAGAAAUAUAACGGUUGACAAAUUUGUAGAGCUGAAAUUAUUAGUUAAUAAAAUCAAUCAACAGAAACUUAAUCUGCAACAAUUUUGAUAAACAAUUAAUCAUUGAAUGAUUUUAUAAGCCAGAUAUUUCCUUGUUUCAGCUUCCCAAUUGUGAAUAUUUGCUGCUUUUCUUAGUCUUAUGUGACAGUAAAGUGAAACUCUUUAUGUUUUGGACUGUUAGUUGGAUGAAGCAAGCAUUUUUAAGACAUCGCCCUGGGCAGGAAAUGUGAUUUUUCACUACUUUCUGACAUUUUAUACAUCAAACGAUUAAUCAAUUAAUUGAAAAAAUAAUUGGCAUAUUAAUCAGCAAUGAAACUAAUUAGUUGCAGCCGCAUACAUUUGUAUUGUCUCACGGUAUCUGUCAUCAUAUUUGCCCCACCUUACAAGAGGGCAUUUUAAAUUGGAGUAUUUUAACAACUGUUUUUUUUUUUUUACUUUAAAACAGCUGAAACUUCAAAGUUGAUCCGAUGCAUUCUGUGAAGUACAUUAGUUGACUCAGGUCGUCCAGUUUUAUAGGCCUUAGUAGAGCAUAGACACAGUUCUGUUAACAGGGAUCACAGCCUUACCGCUACACUGUGCAGUUCAACACACAAACAAACACACACACGACGAAAAGGAAGCGGCACCUGCUUUCUGACUGCCUCUCACUGACCCCACUAAUAUACUGUAAAGGAAGAAGAACUUCAAAUGAAAACGAUAACAAACAGCCAGAGAAAGAGGAAGAGGAGAGGGUAGAGAGAAAGAAAUAAAUAGUGAUGCUGUAGAGGGGAGGAGUGAUAUUUAUAUAGAGCAUGUAAGUGUGAAACCCAUUCUUACUUGCAGUAGCUCUCUCUCUCUUUUCCAACCCAUGUUACUGUGUACCAGUAAUAUUGGAAGAGCUCCGGUGUGGGUUUUUAGGCUUCUUUUUUUUUUGCAUUUGUUUUUUUUUUAAGAGCACUGGCGCUUCAUUUCAUUCUGUGCAGAAAUACUUUUCCUUUAAAAAUGUCACCCUCAGAUGUGAUAAUUAAAACACUCUUAUGUAUAAACAUAAAAAUGGGUGCAAAACGCUAUUCCAUUUAUUGGUCUGUCAGCUUUUUUUCUACACAGAUGAAUAAAGACUUCUAAAAGGAAAA